CACUCUUGAACUCGAUCCAGGCGAUGAGCCAAUAUGAUGUAACUGCUAUGUAAGGUAAGGUAAUGACUGACGAACAUCGGAAGAGACAGACACAGCGAAGAUUACCCGCAGUCCAACCUCAAGAAACAAGAAACAAAGGAGGAACAAGAACAAACAAACAAACAAGAAACAAAGGAGGAACAAGAACAAACAAACAAACAAGAAACAAAGGAGGAACAAGAACAAACAAGCAAGCACAGGACAAGAAACCGACAGACAAAGGCAUGGAACCCCAAAUCUACACAUUGGAAACCCACAAGACAACGUAAUACUCCAUUUCAACGUGCUGACCUCUCACCAACAAAGAAGUACUACGUUUGAAAGCACACCAUAAUCUUCCUGAAAAAAAAGCAAAACUAACAAGAGAUAAUAUAAGAAAAGAGAAAGAAAGAAAGAAGAAAAAGGAUCCAGGGGAUACAGACCAUACAAAAGAAGAAAGAUAAUGAUGAUUACUGCCAGCUAAAGUUGACUGAAUAAAGCAUUCGGAGGUUAAAUUUCAAGAUCUUUUAUAAGAAGAGAGGGACACAGGAAGCUGAAGUCAUACAUAAAAUGUCUUUUAAGCCUGAUAUCAGCCCUGCAUCACUGCUAAAUCAACUAAAUGAUCGUCGUGUGACAGAACUUUUGGCAGACCAUAUCCCAGAAGAUGAAGCAAAACUCUUAAGCAAUGGAAGAUAUACAUGCUUAGUGUGCAAUGACAGACCAGUAGUUGAUACUCUAGCAGUGUUAUCUCAGCAUCGUGUUGGAAAAAAACAUCGAUUUUAUCUUGCCAAGUUCAUGGAGAAAAAGGAAGAGACAGAAAGGCUUAUUUUGAAGCGCAAACAGGAAACGUAUUUGAAAAAUGGAACAACAGACAACAGUGGAACCAAGUUACAUCCUGAUAGAGUUCUGGGACAAGCAACAACUAGAGGCCUGUUAAAGACAACUUCAACAUAUGAUAGUAGAAGUAGGUCAAAAUAUAAACCAUACAGUCGGAAAGUAGUUCUUGAAUUUGACAGACAAGAAAAAGUAAGUACACAACAGAUGGAUAGUCCACAACAACCGGCAAAUCCCAAAACACAAGUCAAUAAAUAUAUUCGUCAGUCACAAAAAAAGAAAGAUUUCACUGAUGUUGUGGAAGCCAAGAGAAAGCUAACAGCGACACCCCCUAGUAACGACUCCCCACAUGUACCGAAACUAAAGACUCCAAGAAAUACGCAAAGUGACGGCCCGGAGAGUUCUUCAGAAACGCCCGAGCCAAAGGAAAUUGACCAGAGAACCAGAUAUUACCAGAAUUUGCGAGCCUCAGGGUGGAAGAAGGAUUUAUUAGGGAAUUGGGUCAGAGAUGAUGAUGCAGAGUUUGACAGUGAUGAAGAACCACCAGAGGAAUAUGAAGUUAAAGUGAACUGAAAGAAGGAUAAUGAGGAUUCAUCCAAAACAGGUGAUUCAUUUUUGGAUGACCAGUUCAUCAGAAUGUAUAUUUUAUACAAAAAAGUAAUUUACCAA